UCAAACAGUGAGAGCGUCAGAAAGGGAAUGGGACAGACAAGAGACAGAGGUAGACAGAGGUGUGACUGAGAGGAAGACAGAGUCAGGGAAGCUAAUAGCGAGCUGGUCCUUCCAAUUUAUGUCUAGAAACCCAGAAAAGGCAAACUAGCGGUAGAUUUUCGUGCGUAAAAAAGAGAGUAGGCUGCCCUCUAUAUUCUUAAGUUUUACAACACUUCUCUUCCAGGCUGAACAGUUAUUCGGAGGUAGUGUCCUCUGUGGAGUUUUCUUUGUCUCCGCAAGUGACACUAAAGAGCACGGAUUACAAUGAUAAGGAUUUUAGAGGUUUGGGUCACCUCGGUGGCCAUUUCUCUGCUGGUUAAGGGGGCUCUUGGAGGUUAUGGGAUGAGUAUGUUUGCUGCCCAGUCGUCCCCUCCAGACCCAUGCUAUGAUGAGAACGGCAACCCCCGGAGGUGCAUCCCCGAUUUCGUGAACUCUGCUUUCGGGAAGGACGUGCGCGUCUCCAGCACCUGUGGAACCCCGGCCUCAAGGUACUGCGCCGUGACCGAGAAGGGUGAGGAGAGGACAAGGGAUUGCCACACCUGCGAUUCAGGGGACCCAAAGAAAACUCAUCCACCUGCGUAUUUAACUGAUUUGAACAACCCUCAUAACCUCACCUGCUGGCAGUCGGAAAACUAUGUCCAGUAUCCUCAGAACGUCACGUUCACUUUGUCAUUGGGUAAAAAAUUUGAGGUCACCUAUGUGAGCUUGCAGUUCUGUUCACCCCGACCCGAAUCUAUGGCUAUCUUUAAGUCCAUGGACUAUGGCAAAUCCUGGGUUCCUUUCCAAUUCUACUCUACCCAGUGUAAGAAGAUGUAUAACAAGCAGAAUAAGGCGGCAAUUACCAAGCAGAACGAACAAGAGGCGAUUUGCACCGAUUCUCACACGGACAUGCACCCGCUGACAGGUGGGCUCAUUGCGUUCAGCACCUUGGAUGGCAGACCCUCGGCGCACGACUUCGACAACUCUCCGGUGCUGCAGGACUGGGUGACAGCCACCGACAUCAAGGUUACGUUCAGCCGACUGCACACGUUUGGGGAUGAGAACGAGGACGACUCGGAGCUGGCUAGAGAUUCCUACUUUUACGCGGUAUCAGACCUGCAGGUUGGCGGGCGGUGCAAGUGCAACGGUCACGCUUCAAAGUGCGUUAAAGAAAGGGAAGGAAACCUGGUAUGCGAGUGCAAGCACAACACCGCGGGGCUGGAGUGUGACAGGUGCAAACCUUUCCAUUAUGACCGUCCUUGGCAGCGCGCAACCGCAAGAGAGGCAAACGAAUGUGUUGCCUGCCACUGUAACCUGCACGCCCGGCGCUGUCGUUUCAACAUGGAGCUGUACAAGCUGUCUGGGCGGAGGAGCGGCGGAGUCUGUCUCAACUGCCGUCACAACACGGCCGGACGCCACUGCCACUACUGCAAGGAGGGCUUCUUCCGGGACAUGUCCAAGGCCAUCUCCCACAGGAGGGCCUGCAAAGCGUGUGAUUGUCAUCCAGUUGGCGCAGCCGGCAAGACCUGCAACCAAACCACCGGCCAGUGUCCCUGUAAGGACGGCGUGACCGGCAUCACCUGCAACCGCUGUGAUGGCUACCAGCAGAGCCGCUCUCCUAUCGCCCCAUGCAUAAAGAUUCCAGUUGCAUCGCCCACCUCCACCUAUACCAGCUCUGAAGAGUCCUUAGACUGUGAUUCUCACUGCAAGGCAUCCAAGGGCAAGCUGAAGAUCAACAUGAAGAAGUACUGCAAGAAAGACUAUGCUGUCCAAGUGCACGUCCUCAAAGGAGACAAGGCAGGGGAGUGGUGGAAGUUUACCGUGAACAUCAUCUCCGUCUACAAGCAAGGUGAACAACGCAUCCGGCGCGGCGACCAGCUCCUGUGGGUGCGUGCCAAGGACGUGGCCUGCAAGUGCCCCAAGAUCAAGCUUGGCAGGAAGUACCUGCUGCUGGGCACGGAUGACGACUCCCCCGGGCAGGCAGGCGUGGUGGCGGACAAGGGCAGCCUGCUCAUCCCCUGGAAGGACCUGUGGGGCCGGAGACUGAGGAAGUUCCAACAGCGUGACAAAAGGGGCAAGUGUUAAGAGGAGCCAGAGAGGAGAGAAAGAGAGGGGGCUCACCUUGAGUCUGAGGAACACAGGAGGAGGAGAAAGAAAGAGGAAACACCAGAGGGAGAGAGGAAAGAGGGAGAGGUGAAGUGAACAGAGAGAGAGAGAGAGAGAGAGAGAGAGAAAGUGACUGAGUGCUGCUGCUUUGAGUGGAAGAAAAAAGAAUAUUAGUUUUAGAAACG